UCAACGUGGAGCCUCGCUAGCUAUAUUGAUUGUUGAUUAUCUGACAUUGGCUGCUGCCGUACUAUUGAUUAGCGAGUAAUGUUAGCUAGCUAGCUAACAAGUAAACAUUUUAUCUAAUAAGGCUGCCUAAUGCCUACUCUAUCAAUCUAGCAAGCGAAAAAUAAAAUCUAUCUGGUCAAGUAAUAUGAUAUUUGAUGACCUGUACAGUUAAAAUUUUCGCGCUGAUUUUACACUUAACGCAAAUACAGAAAAAUAUUUGGGGCUCACCUCUAAUUUGUGGUUAAGUUGGAAGAUGGUUUGCGCUUUGUGGCAAAGCUGGGCAAAACAGGAGCUAAGACUUGUCAUCUUUUGUCGGCCCUCAUAUGUGAUGUCUGCUUGAUCUGGGUCGAUCUCACCAAGUAAUAAAUCCACGUCCACGAAUGCCUUGUCAAACUCCUUCUCCAGAACCUCCAGCCAUCGAAACAUCGACAUCCCAGUGCCAGAGCCGACGAGAGCCGUUCCCUGGGCAGCAGGAGAGACACCGCCGGCCGAAGCAGACAUUUCAGACCGCGCAAGCAACCCGCUUUGCUACUUGUCAGAUUACGACAGCGCUUGUUUCCCGAUAUUCUUUGUAAGCUAGCUACUUUUGUAAUUCGGUAGCUUUUUCAGUUAAAUAGAAGUGGGCACUUUAAAGGCCUGUUAGCGUUUGACAACGAGAUCUAUUUUUGAGAUUCUGCCUUCGGCUUUCUGCGGACCAGGAAAUUGGAAAUCGGAGACUCCGGGAUUGCAGACAUCGACUACCACUGCCUGCCACACAGCUGGGCCCUUGUAGGCAAAAAGCAGCCGAGUGCGGAAUUAAUCGAUCGAGAGGUGUCAAAACAAACCAAAGAUUUCCUGCCAUUGCAUUGUCUUGCAAUGGUGUUUUGCAUUCUUCUUAUUUGUGUAGGCCUACUCCUUUCCAUUUGAGAUAGAAAGAAUAGACCUUCUUUAAAAAUAUUCCGUGCAAGUUUCCCCUUCCUAUUUUUUCAUGUGGACUCCUCCCUAUGUCGGAACUCUGCUUCCUGGCAGGCAUAUUUUAUUUUAUAACAAGCUGAAUGCAGACAGGUUGAACACAAAUGAUUGCCAAUACAUUUAGCUACAUUUGUUCAAUGAAAACAUCUCAUGAUUAUGAAUUGUAGUUACGAUUAAGAUGUGCAGGCUUACUUGACUUUAACAAUGUAAUUUUACACUGAAAAAUCAUAAAAUGAUAGGACAUGAACUAUUGCCACUUUAUAGUUUUACUGUUAUAUGUAGUAUAUAGAGGGACAUAAUAUAUUUUAAUAUAUGCUGAAGUUCAUAGCUUAAAAACAAUGAAGAUUUUGUUUUUUCCUGUUUGAAUAUGAUAAAUAUAAGAGGCUGAUGUGUUUAUUUAGUUUGGUUAGUCUUCUACCACUGAUAUGUUGAGGCCUCUAUCCACUCUUCCAUGAGGUUAACUGAGACACUGGACCUCCCUUUGGUCCUUCUUCUGGAAGUUUAUACCAAUAAAGAUGAGAAAAUACUAGAUACAUAGAAUACCUGGGUGAACCAAGGUUAUCAACUUCCAGUAGACAAUUGAAGGGCUGGUAAUUCAUCCACCUCAAUAUAUUACGUUUGAAGUCAUGGUGAAGUUAGUAAUUUUAAUCUAAAAAAAAACAAAACCAAAAAGACAGCACUUAAAGGACCUCCUUUAUUGUUGAACUUAAGAGACAGCCAAGUAUUGACAGGCAGAGGAAAUUGCAUUUGUUAAACAGAAUGGGCAGUAAAUUGUUUAUCAGCAAGUUUCUCACGUCCACAAACAGAAGGGCAAUCUAUUACUAUUUGUCAGUUCCUUGUCAGUGUCAAAUGUUGUUUUUACGCAAGAUAAAAUCUCUGCCAUUGUUCCAAACUUUGCAAAGAAAACCCACUCUCACCAACUAAGCAGACCUAUUUAAGCGCCGGAGUCAAUGCCUGACUUGCAGGAAUUUCACAAUGUGGUUUCUCUUGCUUUUAAUUGGUGUAUUAAUGCAACCUUAUGGCUACAUUUGCAGCAAUUCAUGUCCAAAGAAAUGUGUCUGUGAAUAUGCAAAAUCAGUGCAGUGUUUCAGGGUGCAAGCUGUUCCUUCCGGAAUUCCAAAAGAUGCAAGGAAACUCAACUUGGGAUACAACCAUAUCAAGGAGCUGAAGACCAGGGAUUUCCAUGGUCUGAAGGGGCUGGAGGAAGUGAUAGCGCCCUCCUGUGGAGUAGAGGUGGUAGAGGCCGGGGCAUUCAGGGCCCAGGGGAGCAUGAGAAGCCUGGAGCUACAGAAGAACAAGCUGAAACAUGUGCCGCGUGGUCUUCCCCACAGUUUGGAGACUCUUAAACUGGCCAACAACCGGAUCCAAGGCCUCCAGGAGUCUGCCUUUGAGGGCCUGAAACAGCUACGGGUACUGGACCUGCAGAACAACCUGAUAACCAACCUGCGAGCCAGCGCUCUCUCCCCCCUCAUAAAACUUGAGUACCUAAAUCUGGAUGGCAAUAACAUUGAGAAUGUGCAGGGCUCUCUCAAACUGGCUCACCUGAACCUGCUGAGCCUGGCCAACAACAAGAUUCCCUCUCUGUCUUCGGCCUUCUUCGCCUUGCUGCGGUCCCUGGCCACGGUGCGGCUGAUGGGGAACGUCCUCGUCAGAGUCCCGCACGAUCUCCCCCUGGCGCUGUCCUCCUUGAACCUGGACAGAAACCAGAUACGUUCGCUGAGGAAUCGGGAACUGGGCCACCUCCGCCACCUCGCUGCCCUCUCCGUGUCCCAUAACAAGCUGGUGUCCGUGGACGGGGGCCUGCGUCUGCCCAACCUGACGGUUCUGGAGCUGUCGGGGAACCACCUCCGGACGCUGCCCAGCAGGGUGACCCCACGGCUGGAGAAACUGGACUGCGGGCAGAACUCCAUCCAGGAGAUCACCUAUCAGCAACUCUCUGGGAUGAGGCAGCUGAGGCACCUGUUCCUGGAGAACAACUCCAUCCAACACUUUGAGGCCAACGCACUGAAGAACUGCAUCCACCUCACCGACCUAGCCUUGGAGCAGAACCUCCUUCCAGCUAUUCCAGAUGGUCUCCCUGAAACGUUGGUUCGUCUGGAUUUGAAAGGGAACCGCAUCGAAACGAUCCGCGAGCAGGAGCUGAUGUCUCUCAAGCGCCUCCAAGUGUUGAAUCUCCGCAACAACAAGUUGUCCUCCCUUAGCCUGUCCGCAAUGGAGCUGUUGCCAAGGCUGAGAAAGGUCUACUUGGAUGGGAAUCCCUGGAACUGUAGCUGUGAAAUUAUUCGGGUUAAGAGGAGACUUCUAGCCAGGAGGGUGGAGAUUCGCACCGAAUUGUGCAAUGAGCCGAUUCGUGCGCCAGGAGACGACUGGCGCGCGUUUCUCAGGGAGCAGGAUAAGUGCGAAGAGUAUAUCCGGGAAACGGUUCUGGAGAAUCAAGAAAAGAGCACUGUACAAAUUGAUCAAACAGACAAUGAGGAAUACUAUGACUAUGACUCUUAGCAUAUUACAUGCAUAUUAAAUAUAGUCCUUUUAACAGUCUGUUGUAUGUUUACAUUUUUUUUUGUCAUGGAAUAAUAAACAAUUAAGUUUGGUUGUGAGCUGUGUAAGACGAAAUGUUUUGCUGACCACAUAGGAUAUACACAAGAAGCUCCAUUGCGGUCCAUAAUCACAACGAUCAUUUUUCAGUUAUUUCUACUUAAUAUACUGUUAAAAUUGUUGUUUUAUGUUUUUGCCAUUUUCUGUAAUGGCUCUUUUUAAUCUACCUCUUCUUG